CAGUAACUGUUAUCAUUUCAGUGCCAGUGUUUGGUGCGCAAGGAACAGCAAGCUCCGCUGAUACAAUGUCGGGCAAACGCGGAGUGGAUUUCGUCAAGCAAAUAGCCGAGUACGUCGCCAACAAGGGUGGCUUCGAUCGCGUUCUUAAAAUGGUUAAAAUCACAGGCGGUGGCGAUGGAAGAGCUUUUGGGGAGUUUACUGUGCAGAAGGAGCACCUGAACCACCAGGGAAUCUUGCAUGGCGGCCUAACGGGCACAAUCGUGGACAACAUUAGCACCUACGCGAUGAUGUCGAGGGGAUCACAUCCGGGUGUUACAGCCAAUCUGAAUGUCAGCUACUUGUCGGCCGCAAAGCCAGGAGAGAUCGUGGAAAUAGAUGCCAGAACUGUGCGUACAGGUCGCAAAAUGGCGUAUCUGGAUAUAGUCUUGAAGCGCCAAUCGGACAAAAGCAUUAUCGCCACCGGUAGACAAGUCAAGUACAUUGAUUUCGACAAGGUGAAACUUGAUUAUUAAAACUCAAAAGAAGUG